CGGGGCCGCGCUGCUCCUCUCUGCGGGGAAGGGCAUGGAGUUGGCGGGAGCGUAUAAAAAGCCGCCGUGAUGCGAAGCCGCCGUCCCUCCGGAGCUGCCGAGGGGCGCCGAGGGGCAGCGCGGCGCCAUGAUCAACCCCAACUAUUACCCGUGGGGCUACGACAGCGACAACGGACCGGAUCAAUGGCACAAAAAUUACCCUACUGCCAAAGGACGCCAUCAGUCCCCCAUUGAGAUCAAUAACAAAGAAGUGCACUAUGACCGCUCCUUGCUGCCCUGGUUUGCCAGUUACGAUCCUGGUGCAGCGAAGACCAUCCUCAAUAAUGGGAAAACCUGCAGAGUUGUGUUUGAUGAUUCUUUUGAUAGAUCAGUGUUGAGAGGUGGGCCACUUCAAGGGGUCUACCGGCUGCGUCAGCUUCACUUUCACUGGGGUUCAUCUGACGACCAUGGCUCUGAGCAUGUUGUGAAUGGAGUGAGAUAUGCAGGAGAGCUACACUUAUUACACUGGAAUCCAAAAUACAGUAAUUACCUUGAUGCUGUGAGAAGAACAGAUGGUAUAGCUGUUUUGGCCAUUUUUUUGCAAGUAGGGAAAACACCCAAACCAGAGAUGAAAAGAAUUCUUGAAGAAAUAAACGCUAUCAAAACAAAGGGGAAAGAAGCUCCUUUUCCAAACUUUGAUCCUUCAAUUCUUUUCCCUAAAUCUCAUGACUACUGGACAUACCACGGUUCUUUCACUACUCCACCUUGUGAAGAGUGCAUCACUUGGAUUGUUCUUCGAGAGCCUAUCAUAGUCAGCUCAGACCAGAUGGCGAAGCUCCGUAGCUUAUCAAAGAAUGCUGAGAAUGAACCUAAUCUCCCCCUGGUCGAUAACUGGCGCCCAACUCAGCCUCGGUAUUUCAGGAUGGUGAGCGCAUCAUUCCUUUAGGACCUGGCUCAGCAAAGCACCCCCAAGAGACUCAUCAAUGGACACCAGCUGUAGAGAAAGUAUGGAGUUGAGGAACAUCCAGAAGUGCCUCAGGACUCCUGAGUACUUUCAGUUCUACUGUUAUGAAUUGCACACCAUCAUGCUCCAGCUAGUUUUUGCUUAGUUCUAGAUCUUUACACUCCAUAUUAUUCUGAUACAUUUCUGCUCCACACUGUUAAUUUUACUUGUAUUCCUGUUAGUGUUCCUCUCUUUUAAAAAACGCUGAUGGGUGCAGAAUCAGAGAAAACCAAUCGGUACUGCUUCAAGAAGGUGAGCUUUUCAGAUAAGGGAUCCCUAAGCAAAAUCUGAUGACAUGAGAUAAGAUAGUUUCUGUAAUGCUAGAUAGCUACAAAUGGUUAACUCUCUUUCUGAGCUACUUUUAUAUCUCCUUUGCUAUGAAUGAUGUUUAAGAUUUCUGAAAAUAAGGCAGAGAAUCUAAAUGCAUGUGCUUAAAGAUGUUAUGGACUUGCAUGUAUGUCCAGCUUUCCUAGGAAUAAACCAGAAGAGGGGAUGCAGAAGUUCACCAGUGAGAAUAAAAAGAUACAGAGGACAAGGCUUGCAGUAACUCUAGGGGCAACAAGUGUAUGGUGCUGUAUGCAUUGCUUGGAUUUUCACACUACAUAGGAAUUGCUGUCAUGAACAGGGAUAUACUAUAAUGCAGGCAACAGAGCUUCAGAUAAGAAGAGUCCUUGUCUCAGAUUUUCUAGUCUCUGCAGCUACUUUUACAGCUGCAACGAGUGAAACAGAGAUGAGGGUCUGUUGGCCACAGAAUUUCAGCUUUAGAAUGAAUGAAUGUUUCCACCUGAGAAUUGUCUGUCCUCAAACCCACUGCAGUAUCCUCAUCCCCAUUGAGUAUAACCGACUACAGUACAAACAAGCCCAAUAGACAGCUAGGCUAACAAGUGCCUGAGCUGCUCUGAGGCUACCUCUGCCUGACUGUGGAAGUCCUCCAGAAGCUGGGUUUCAAAGAAUAACCAUGCCAACAAGGCAGCCUUCACAUCUUCUUCAGUAUGCAAUGCAGGGGGCAAGGUAUGCAACUUUGCAAGGUAUGCUACAGCAAGAAGCAGCUAGGAAACAAAUAUUUCAUGGCCAGUGAUGAAAUGUGUGGUAUUUGGUAAUAAUUUCUGCUUUAUAUUAAGGACUGUGCACUAAAGAGUGUCCCACAGAACCAUUCUAAAACUGCUGAGUAUAGCUCCUCAAUAAUGUGAUUGUUCAUACAAUGAUCUAUGAAGGCUGUAUAUUACCACUUCUAUGUGUAUGCAUUGAUUUAAAGUAUAGGUUUAAAUAGAUUUGAUCUGCUGCAUAAAAUGAGAAAAGUCAUGCUUUGAUUUUUAAUGUGCACCACAGA